GAAGUGGCUCUGUAAGUAGGUCUAAGGUGAAGCUGAGCCGUCGCUGCUUCACUGUGUCUGUGUGCGUUUGUGUGUGUGUGUGUGUGUGUGUGCGUUGCGGUACGUGGUGGUAUGGGCGUCCACGCGUACGUCCCGGGGGUCUUGGUAUGAUCUGGUUCUGUGACGAGGACCUGGAUGUGCAGAGCUGGGGCUGGACUGACCUCUCCAGUUACUCCUCCUUGGUGUCCGACUGUGAGCAGGAGCAGCAGGUCCUCCUCCAGACCUCCAUCAUGUCCAGACGCAGCCUCCGCCUGGACGACGGCCUCCUGGACCGCGGCCUCCCUCACGCCAGCUCCUCCUUCAGCUCUGGAGGAGUCAGCUGGAGGAACAGCCGGUCAGUGUGGACGGUCAGGUCGUUGAAGCCUCGCCCCCUCUCCACCUCCUGCUCGGACUCUCUCCUGGUCCAGACUCCUCGUAAACCUCCUCCUCUCCUCAACAGCAGCGUUCACAGCGUGGUGUCGGACACCUCCCUCCUGUCAUCGCUGCUCGACGAGUCUUCCAUCCAGGAGACGACGCUGCUCGACUCAUUCUGGGGUUUGGAUCAGGAUUGUGAUCCCAAAGAAAGCACCGUCAUCGAGCAGAGCGCGGCGGUGGCCAACAGCACUCUGACCGGCUCAGACGGUCCCUGUGUCAAACAUCCCGCUCAGACUCAGACGUCCACGCUCAGGCUUUACUGUAAAGACUGUGACCCUCCGACCCGACAGGAAGGAGUUGGGCUACUGCUCCUCCUCCAAAUCCACCAACCCCACCUCCACCUCCACUACGACCACCGCCGCCGCCUCCUCCUCCUCAUCCCCUUCGAAGCCCAGACCAUCAGAACCUGAGGAGGAUCUGGAACCGUCCACCACCAUCUACAGCAGAGACCGGAGCCGCAGACACAGGACAGGUAAAAGAGCGGCCGAUGUGUUCAGGCGGCUCAGGAAACGAUGGCAUCACUUGACCAUGACGUCCCUCUGACUCGGUCUCCUCUUGGUCUGCUCCUGUUUCUGAUCCUGCUGCUCUUCGUCUUCGGUAAGAUCCUCCUUUCAUUACCUGAACUACAAUGUGAUUUCUGAUCACGAGUCUGUUUGGUGUGAUGUUUUAAAGGAUGAACAUAUGUCUG